GUGUUAGGCCCCAGAAAGACACACACCGGCCGCUCCGCAAACCAAACCUCCAGCCACGGCUUGACACGCACAGCGCGGCGAGACACACGCACACGUGCCCAGAGCGCUGCAAAGCAGCCCCCCGCUCGCGCCCGAAGGGAACAGGCUUCCGCCAGGCAGCCCCGCUCAGAGAGAGACCCCCCCCCCCACACACACCCCCCCGGCACGCUCCGAGGGACACCGGAGGCGCUGCCCAUGGCUGACAGGAGCUUCCUUGAGAAACCCGGGUCCUUCCCGCAGAAGGAGGCGGCUUUGGAGUGGGGCUACGAGGAAGGAGUCGAGUGGGGGUUGAUCUUUCCUGAUGCUAAUGGAGAAUACCAGUCUCCUAUUAACUUGAAUUCAAGAGAAGCCAAAUAUGACCCCUCACUACUAGAAGUACGUUUAUCACCAAACUAUGUUGUUUGCCGUGACUGUGAAGUAAUUAAUGAUGGGCAUUCCAUUCAAAUUGUCCUUAAGUCAAAAUCAGUGUUAGUAGGUGGGCCAUUACCUCGGGGACAUGAAUUUGAACUACAUGAUGUUCAGUUUCACUGGGGGAGAGAAAACCAGCGUGGCUCUGAACACACUGUUAAUUUUAAAGCUUUUCCCAUGGAGCUCCAUCUAAUCCACUGGAACUCUACACGGUACAGCAGUAUUGAUGAAGCAGUGGGGAAGAAGCACGGUAUAGCUAUCAUUGCUCUGUUUGUGCAGAUAGGAAAGGAACAUUUAGGCCUAAAGGUCGUAACUGAAAUUCUCCAGGACAUCCAGUACAAGGGGAAGUCCAAAACAAUACCCUGUUUUAAUCCCAACUCUUUAUUACCAGAUCCUCUUCUACGUGAUUAUUGGGUAUAUGAGGGCUCCCUUACCAUCCCACCUUGCAGUGAAAGUGUUACCUGGAUAUUAUUUCGAUAUCCAUUGACCGUAUCCCAACUGCAGAUAGAAGAGUUUCGAAGACUGAGAACACAUGUUAAAGGUGCAGAACUUUUAGAAGGCUGUGAUGGAAUAUUAGGAGAUAACUUUAGACCAACUCAGCCACUUAGCGACAGAGUCAUCAAGGCUGCAUUCCAGUAGCAGAAGAAAAAACAACAAUGAAAACAAAGCUUUAUUUAGGACUCCAGUCACCAAAGAGUCAUUUUAGUGUUACAGAGCUCCACUCCUUGAGACUGAUAAAGAUGGAAGAAAAUGACCUCAUCUCAAAGGAGGGUUGUUUCAUUUGGAUCUCCUCUGUCCUCUGUUAAAAUGUUACUCUUUUACUCCAAAUGCUGCACAAUUAGUUAGGCACAGCCAAUGCAUGCAGAAAAGGAUGCUGAAUAAUUGGCCUUUUCAUGACUAAUGUUAAUCUGUCGUUCCAUUAAUCAGAGUAGGUGUGAUUGUUUCUUGUCUCAGUAAUGUGUUUAGCUUCCACUGGCUUGAAGAACAAGAACUAAAAGAUGACUUUGGGUCCUGUACAUAGAUGCAAAUACACAUUUGAACUUUCACUACCCACAUGUCAGUUAAUCUAUUUCCCCAUACCUUACAUUUAAAAAUCCCUCAAUAUCCCAGCAUAAGUUACCAACCCUCAUUACACUUAGAUAAUCAAUGUACACAGCAGCCUGGUGAUGGGAUAUACUUACACUGAAUAAAAGAGAACUUACUAUGCAGACAAUAGGAUCGGUCCCAACUUGGUAACCAACAUUAUUAUUUAAUAGCCCUCCAACAUUGUCAAAAAAAUGGACCAUUCCAGAUGCACAAGCUACUCACUUGCUCUCUGUAAUGACUGAUGAUGCAAAAUAAGUAGACAUAUCUCCACAGCUACAAUGAUCAACAUCCUCCCCGCACAACAUACAUUUCAGGAUCCAUUGGUCUUGUACAUACAUGUCACAAUAAUGUGAUGUACCUCAUCCAGUGCAUCAAAUGCCCCAACCAUGUGGGUGAAAUGAGACAAUCACUAUAUUUCUUGAAUGAAAUCACACAGAAAAAUGAUAAAAGACAAAAACACCACAUCACCCAUGGCCAAACACUUUUCACAAAGUGAUCAUUCCAUCUCUGAUCUCUCAGGCCACAAAGGAAACCUGCAUAACACCUUCAGAAAGUGAGUCUGGGAGCUUAAAUUCAUAACUGUGUUAGACCCUUAAAAUCAUGGACUCAGUAAAGACAUUGGGUUUAUGGCUCAUUACAACAAUCAGUAACCCACCAACCCUCCUUUGUCCUAUGACUGCAGAGGUGUUACCUGCCCACUUCACCUUGAAUGGUCUCUUGCAACGUGUUAACUCCUUAUGCUUAACAAUUUGUAUUUAGCUGUGACACUCUGACUACCUUUCCCAUACCUGAAGCAGAGCUCUGUGUAAACUCAAAAGCUUGUCUCUCUCAACAACAGAAGUUGGUUCAAUAAAAGAUAUUACCUCACCCACCUUGCAUCUCUAAUUUCCUGGGACCAACACAGCUACAACAACACUGCAAACAAAAUAGAAAAAAUAAUGACAUUCUGCUCAACCACUAAGAAACGUUCUCACUCUGGGCAAAUGGAUGAGUAGAUCAUCUAUAAAACUUCUCUAGCCCUGGAGUGUCUGAGUGUUGUACCAAAAUAAACUUCAACUAAAUACUACAAGAGCAAUUAGGCCACAGUUAACCAAUAACCCGUUCAGCUCUGCAGGAAGAAUCCAAAUACAUAAAAGCAACGAUUUUCUUAGCUCCAGGCCCCUUUAGAACUACUGGUUAAAGAGAAAACAAGCACAUAUUGAACCCCACUUGAAAGAAUGCUACCAUUUGGUUUGGUGUACAUAGAAGGGAGAGUACUUCAGAAUCCUGUCAGAGUGUGAAAUCUUAGCCUGAUUAAUUCAAUGGCAAAACUCCCACUUGACUUCAGUGGGACCAGGAUUUCAUUCCUCAUCUUUAUGAGAUUAUGUUUUGGGCUCCAGCUCCCAAUCUUGAUUGGCAUAACAAGUGAUCAGGCAGAAGAUGGCCCCUGUGGUAGAUUGGUAACUUGAAAAGAUCAGAAAAUGGAGCCAUUAAAACCAAUGGGUUAUAAAUGGUCUCUCUUAGUGUAGUAAUCCUUUACAUAAAGAUAAUAUGAAUAACAUAAAUUGUUAAAUAGGCUAGUGCAGUGGCCUAGCAUUCUGGUGGAGAGCUUUAAUCAAGCCUUAAAAACAUUUUCUAGGUAAGUACUUACCAUGUAUUUCAUAUCUGUGUCAUACCUGCACAGAUUUCAACAGUGAAAAUUAAAUACUGGUCUCUCUGUCAGCAUUGCUUCCACACUCCUAUAUUUAAUUUUUGGACACAUCCCUAAGUCCACUGAAACCUCAAUUACAUUGGCCUCUGCAAUCACAAAAUGUCAUCACUUUAAUCAUGAAAUGGGUUAUUCAAUUCAACUUGUCUCCUGCAGAAAAAUUACUUAGGAAAAUCACAGCAAUAUUUAACUACAUGUUUUUCCUCUGUGAGUGAAUAAUGCCCUCAGGCCAUUGUAGGUAAUUCAGGUCUCUGAAACAGUGAAAUUACUUUACAUGCUGACUUUGAAUUUUAAGCAUGAAAGAGUUUCUUUUAUAACUGUUGGAAUUGAAAUGUGAAAACAUCGCCCUUUGCUUUUAUGUUUGAAAUGUUAUUACAUUUGUCAACACCUACAAAUAAUGGUUUUAAAUAAUCAGAUUUGCCUUGGCCUUGCUUCACAAAAUAACUUGCAGUUUCAAUUUCCAAAUGAUGGAUUUUUAUAUGUAAAAUGGUAGUAUUCACUGUUGGGCUAUGCUAGUUAAGGACUCUACAGUACUGAAAAAGUUCUGUGGCUCUGAGCAUUUUAUAAGUCUACAGAAGACAUGGAUCUCAGCUCUACACCUGAUUGAAUUAUUUAUCAGAAACUCACUUUGCCAAGGGCAGUCUUCUUUUUAGUUUUGGAUGCAGUAGUCCAGAUAACAUCAAGCUAAUCAAGGGGGAAGAGUAUAUCCUCACUGUUGAGUUUGUCUCUGAGGAACUCAGAAUAUGAUUUAUGAAGGCUAAAAACUGCCCCAUGCACAGUCCAGCUUUGAUCACCCCUGUCUAAAGAAAGAAGUGAGAUGAGGGGAAGAAGAAAGGAAACUCUUACGUUCAGUUUGCAGAGUGUUCCUGGCACUCUCCUCAUUGGUGAGAGGGGUUGAGGGACUGCAGCCUCAGGGAUCCAUGGGGAAGGCACCUACUCUACUAUGUAAAGCCAUCACAUUGGGAUGGCUAAUGCUCUGCAUUUUCUUCUCCCCAGUGACAGUGUAGUGUGAAUAGAAACUGUGUUGACAUUGGCUGGAUCCUCCUGUGAAUUUUAUUAAAGCCAGUCAGAAAAGGAAUUUUCUGUCCCAUGAAAAAUUUGGAGAUUUGGGGAAAAAAGCAUCC